UUCGUCAAGUGUCAAGUGUCGCGAUUUAUUUGCGUAUUGCACAAAUAGCAUAUUGAAUUUUUUAUUUUUAGUAAUAAAUUUAGUGUUAUCGAAGAUAAGCAACAGUAAGUGAGUUGCAAUAUUGUCUAUGAAGAUUUUUGAAAUAUGUCAAAUGUUAACCCUGUCAAAGACUCCUUUACCUGCAUUACGUGCAGGGUAGCUUUCAAAGAUGCUGACUUGCAAAGACAGCACUACAAAACAGACUGGCAUCGUUAUAAUUUGAAGAGAAAAGUAGCUGAAUUACCGCCUGUUACCUCAGAGGAGUUCCAAAAAAGAGUCUAUAACCAAAGAAAUGCUGAUGAAAUCUCGAAACAAGACAAAAGUGUUUACUGUAGCUCUUGCCACAAGUCAUUUGGCAAUCAGAAUGCUUUCGAUAAUCAUUUGAAUUCAAAAAAACAUAAAGAGAAUGAAAAGCAUAAUAAAUCUGAAGAUGGAAACAGUGUGUCUUCCUACAUAAUAGAAAAUACUCCACAGAAACCAGAAAUAAGUGAGGGAGAAUCGGAUGUAGAAGAAGUUGAUUCUGAUGAAUGGGAUGACGCUACAGAAAAUCCUAUUAAUAAUAAUGAUUGUCUAUUCUGUAUGCAUCAUAGUCACAACUUCAUAAAAAACUUGGAACAUAUGACCAUUGUACAUUCCUUUUUUAUACCCGAUAUUGAAUACUGUACAGACUUAAAUGGGCUACUUCGAUAUUUAGGAGAGAAAAUAUCCGAAGGUUUUAUGUGUUUGUGGUGCAAUGAAAAAGGUAAAACUUUCCAUUCAGCCGAAGCAGCAAGGCAACACAUGUUGGAUAAAGGUCAUUGUAAGAUGAUACAUGAAGGACUAGCUUUAGCUGAAUAUGCAGACUUUUAUGAUUACUCCUCUUCAUAUCCCGAUGCAGAAAAUGAAAUAAUUGAUGAAGAUGAAGAGGUCGAACUUGCUGAAAUAGAUGGGUCGGAAUAUCAACUAGUUCUACCUUCGGGAAUCACUGUAGGUCACCGAAGUCUUAUGAGAUACUAUCGACAGAAUCCUAAUCCCAAUAGAGCUCUAGUGUUAUCAUCUAAGAACGAUAAAAAGUUGCACAAAGUAUUAGCCCAAUACAGAGCUCUAGGGUGGACAGAGACUCAACAGGCAGCUGCGGCCAAGAAAGCAAGAGACAUUCAUUUCAUGAAACGAGCUCAAGCAAAAUAUAAUACAAAAAUGGGGAUGAAAAAUAAUACAUUACUUCAGAAACACUUUAGAAGACAAGUCCAGUUUUAGAAAAUAAUCAGUUAUUUUUGUAUAUUAUUGUGUGAGAAAUAUAUACAUAUAUUCAAUAUAAAGUCAUU